UAUUGAUAUUAUUAUAAAAUUUGUGAUAAAUGUAUUGAUUAUGAAAUACAAUCAUUAAUUGAUUGAUUGAUUGAUCAUUUGAUUGAAUGGCUUCAACAGUCAGUAUUACCGAAACCACUGACCAAAACAUUGACAUAUCAAUGAUGACCAUCGAUGAUUCAGCCGACAACAUAAAUCCAAUUUAUACGACAAAUACAUUGUUGGUUAACACAGUGACCAACAAUCUGACCGAUGGUCACAACACUAGUAUAGCAUCAGUUGUUGAAAUGGACGACUGUUUUACCGAUCAAAUGACAUUAUAUGAGACCAACGUUUCGCCAAUAAAUCAAGUGUUUAUACCAAUCGAUGUGACCACUGGUUCGGCGAAAUACAGCUCUCAAAACAAGUCACUGAAUGGCAUGUCUUUGCUUUUAAAAGAUAAUGUAUUUAAGUCAUCAAAUGUUUUGGUCAACGAUAGGAAAGAGUAUAAAAAGCAUCGCAAAGUUGCACUCAAGACUCAAAUUAUUCCCGUUUUAGUCGAAGAUGGCCAACAAGUAGCUACUGAUUGGGAUCCACAGGACAUUACUAAAAACGGUGAUACUUAUCAAUGUAACCAUUGUUUACAUAAAGCCAAUCAAUUACAACAUAUUAGACGUCAUAUCACUCAACUUCAUGCCGAAGACAAACCAUUUAAAUGUACCGAAUGUGACCAAAGUUUUAAUAUUGAAGUUAAUUAUUGGUUGCAUAUGAAUGGCCAGCACUACAAACCAGAUACUGAUUCAUCAAAACUUCGUUGUUGUGAAUGUCAUAAGACUUUUGCUCGUUUGGCAUCACUUAAGUCACAUCUGACUGUCCAUCAAAAAGACGAUUUCUUGACGUGUGGUCAGUGUUCGCAACAAUUUUCGUCACAUUAUUAUCUCAAUAAACAUAUUAAGAAUAUACAUAUAAAUGCGUUCAAAAAGGUGUGUCUAAAAUCUCGAUCCAAAUCCAUUAGUGUAACCAAAGAUGAACACCACUGUUCAGUAUGUAAUCAAAUGUUUUCAAACUUGUCUCAACUUAAAGAACAUCAAAAACUUCAUAUAAAAAUCAAGUCAUCACUCAAACAUCGGACGUAUAGAUCAAACAUAGACCGCACAGAAUUUGGACAUAAAUGUGUCACUUGUGGUAAACAAUUCAAAAAGAAUAGUCAAUUGAUUAGACAUUUGCGGAUACAUACGGGAGAAAAACCAUUUGUUUGUGAAUUUUGUGGUUCGGCUUUCAAUCAGAAAAACUCAUUGGAUAUCCAUCGCACCAAACAUACCGGUGAACGCAAAUAUCAGUGUCGUUUCUGUUCAGCCAAAUUCAAUCAAAGCGGAAAUAUGAGGUCUCAUAUCAAACGAUUACACGCACCACAAGCAGAAUUGCCGGCCUCACAGCUAUUUAAAUGUCCGCAUUGUAACUGUGUCUUCAAGAAAAUUGGUAUUCUUAACUGCCAUAUAAGCCGAAGACAUCUAAUUGAAGAACUUAAAGAACCUAAAGAUAAUUUAAACCAAAACCCAGAAUACAUUGAUCUAACAAACACUAAGAUUUCCUUAGAAAGCAAUGUAGAAAAUGUUUCAUUAGAUGUCAUAAAAACUAGUGAUCAGUCAAUUGACAGCCAAACAAACGAUAAACAAAUUGCACAGAUCUUUGAUCCGGCAACUGGUGCUCAACAAACACAUAUUGUUCGUAAAAUUGGUAAAACAAGUUACAGACAAUGUCUUUACUGUAAUAAAGAUUUUAAAAAGUCGAGUGAUUUAAUCCGACACAUGAGAAUCCAUACUCACGACAAGCCUUUUAAAUGUAGUGAAUGUUUUCGCGCCUUUACAGUCAAAGGUACUCUUUCGGCACAUCUGAGGACACACUCAGGAGUUGUCAAACCUUUUAUUUGUCAGAUAUGCAAAAAGUCUUUUACAACAUCACAAAGUUUGAAAGUGCACUUGAGAUUACAUACAAGUGCUCAACCAUACAGAUGCGCAAAAUGUAAUAUUACUUUCCGUACGUUAGCUAUUUUGAAGUCACAUCUCAGCAUUCAUGACAAUGAAAACAUAGAUUUGAUAUCAACACAGAAUUCAAAUAACAAUCUAAAAUCAAAUCGAUUUAAAGAUAUCGAUGAAUCGAUUUUAUCAAGAAUUCAAUUGGAUGGACCCGUUGUUAUCAAUGUUGACUCUUAUAAUAAUAAUAAUUCAUUACUUGUAAAACCAAGGCUUAAACCUGAGGAGGAAUCUGAAGCAGAGGCUAAACAACGCAAAUAUAAAUGCCUUUAUUGUAACAAAGCGUUCAAAAAGUCAUCACAUUUAUCACAACACAACAGAUCCCAUACCGGAGAAAAACCAUUUCAAUGUGAAACAUGUCUCCAAUAUUUUGUGACUAAAGGCAGUCUUAAAAAUCAUUUGCAAACACAUUCUGGAGUUAAACCUUUUGUAUGUAAUGAAUGUUCGUUUGCUUUUUCCACAAAAGGAUCACUUACUCGACAUAUGAUUUGUCAUCGAGAUGUCAGACCUUAUAUGUGUCCAUAUUGUCAAAAGACAUUUAAAUCAAGUUUUAAUUGUAAAAAACACAUAAAAUUACACAAAAAUGAAUUUGCUUUACAAUUAAUGAAAGAGAGAAAAAAAGAGAUAAAUGGUUACGAAACUACUCUUAAAAAUGAUGGUAAAGAACAACAUAUUAAUUCAAUAGACAAAUCAGCCCUAGAAAUAACAGUUCAGAUCAAUACAAAUGAUAAUAUUUUGCAAACUAAUAAUGAAUUAGCGAUUCCUAUAGAAACUAAUGUUAUAGAACUGAGUGAACUAUCAUUGCCUAUAACUCACGUUAAUGUCGGUACAGACGGUGUGCGACCGUUUCCGUGUCAGUUAUGCGGCGUAUCUUUUAAGAGUGGAUCACAUUUACGGCAACACAAUCUAAGACAUACCGGCGAAAAACCAUUUGUUUGUCAUUAUUGUCAAAAAGGUUUUGCCACUCGCGGUGUACUCAAUACUCAUAUCCAUUCACACUCUUUAGUCAAAAAUUUUAGCUGUGAUUUGUGUUUAGCAAAGUUUGUGACAAAAAACUCAUUGAAACGACACACCAAUACUGUCCACUCAUCAAAUGGUUUACUUUGUCCUCAUUGUCCAACAAAGUGUACCACUUGGUUAGCUUUAAAUAAACACAUUGAAGCCAUUCAUCCAAUUUAUAACCUAUCCCUUAGUGAAAGUGAUAGUAGUUCUCAGCAAAACCACGAUUUAAAUUUUGAAACAAUUAAUAAUUCCUCAUCGGUUACAAUGUCUGAAAUGGAAGUCAAUGAGAAUGUUAAGCAAUCAGUAUUAGAUUUAUCUAAAAAACUCAUAAAUGAUGGAACAAAUAGUUGUGAAUUUUGUUCAAAGACUUUCAAAAAGGCGUCUGAUUUGACGCGACACCGACGCAUACAUACCGGGGAAAAGCCAUUUGUUUGUCAUAUUUGUGAAAAACGAUUUACUGUCAAAUCAACACUCGAUACACAUCUGAUUACACAUAAAGGAGAGAAAAAUUUUAAAUGUUAUGUCUGUAACACAAGUUUUGCCACAAACGGCAGUCUAAAAAUUCAUGAAAGAAUCCAUUCCGGUUUAAAGCCAUUCAAAUGUACACAAUGUGAUCAACAUUUUAGAACUUCUGGUCAUCUCAAGUCUCAUUUGGAUAAACAUAACAAAAAUAAAACUACUAUUACAGUGCCAUCAGAGUUACCACAAUUAGAAACUAAUGAUAAUGAUAUAGUAGAUGUUUAUGUGUCUCAAACCAAUCAUACUUUAGGUGAAGAUAUAGUAAUAACUUUGCCAUUAAACACAUCCAACACUUGUAAUAGUAUUCAAAUGGAUAGUUCACUAUUAUCUCAGGUUUUCCAAUUGGAUUCAAAUCUUUUGCAACAAUUACAAACUCAAGGCCUUAUUAUAACCGAUUGUGACACUAAUUAUAUUAACAACGACACACUUCUAAACUCAUUUGUUUGA